AUGGCUAUGCCCAUCACCACCAUCGCGGAGAGCAAGGAGCUCCGGGGGCUCAACCUCAUCGCCGCGCAUUCGCACAUUCGCGGUCUUGGUGUCGAUGAUGACACGCUCGAGCCCAAGGUGUCGUCACAGGGUCUGGUUGGGCAGGAGAAGGCGCGCAAGGCAGCGGCCGUGAUACUGAAGAUGGCGCGCGAUGGCAAGAUUGCCGGUCGCGCUGUCCUCAUUGCAGGCCCUCCUAGCACCGGCAAGACGGCAAUUGCGAUGGGAAUGGCACAGUCGCUGGGCCCCGAUGUGCCCUUUACUAUGCUUGCCUCCUCCGAGAUCUUCUCCCUCGAGAUGUCCAAGACAGAGGCGCUCACCCAGGCCUUCCGAAAGUCCAUCGGCGUGCGCAUAACAGAAGAGAGCGAGGUCAUCGAGGGCGAGGUGGUGGAGAUACAGAUCGACCGCAGCGUCACGGGCAGCAACAAGCAGGGCAAGCUCACCAUCAAGACGACCGACAUGGAGACAGUCUACGACAUGGGCACCAAGAUGAUUGACGGAAUGACAAAGGAAAAGGUCAUGGCCGGCGACAUCAUCUCCAUCGACAAAGCUUCAGGCAAGAUCACAAAGCUCGGUCGCUCCUACACGCGUUCUAGGGACUAUGAUGCAAUGGGCAUCGACACCAAGUUUGUCCAGUGCCCCGAGGGCGAGCUGCAACAGCGGCGCGAGGUGGUGCACACAGUCAGCUUGCACGAGAUUGAUGUCAUCAAUUCGCGCACCCAGGGCUUCCUCGCCCUCUUCUCCGGCGACACGGGCGAGAUUCGCAGCGAGGUGCGGGACCAGAUUAACACAAAGGUCGCCGAGUGGAAGGAGGAGGGCAAGGCCACCAUUGUGCCGGGCGUGCUCUUCAUCGACGAGGUCCACAUGCUCGACAUUGAGUGCUUCUCGUUUGUCAACCGCGCCCUCGAGGACGAGCUGGCUCCGAUUGUCAUCAUGGCGAGCAACAGGGGCAACACACAGAUCCGUGGGACAGACUACAGAUCACCGCACGGGUUGCCGCUCGACUUUUUGGACCGUGUCGUUAUCGUCAACACUCACCCAUACAAUUCCGACGAAAUGCAGCAGAUUCUCUCGAUAAGAGCACAGGAGGAGGAGGUCGACGUCUCUCCCGACGCCUUGGCUCUGCUCACAAAGAUUGGCCAGGAAACAGGACUGCGAUAUGCCAGCAACCUCAUCACGACGUCGGACCUGAUACGCAAGAAGAGGAACGGCCCCGAAGUCACCAUUGAAGAUGUACAGCGAAGCUUUGCGCUCUUCUACGACCCUACAAGAAGCGUCAAGUUCGUCUCAGACUCAGAGAAGCGUCUCAUCGGCGAUGCAGGCGACGUUUCCUUUGCCAUUACCAACGGCGCCGAUGCGAUGGACGUGUCAUAGCGCGUGUAUACUCUGUUCUGUUUCUUGGCGUACAACAGGUCUUGGAUGGGUUCAGCGAUUGAUAACGGGUGUAGCUGUAGACGUGACAAAAGUCCGGGUAUGUAAUACUAAGCAACUUGAAG